AGUUUCCUUUGCAAAAUAUGUGUUGCAACUUCGACCAUCUGUAAAAAGAAAUAAAUUUGUCCUAAAGGUCAUCGGGACGAAGAAAUCGAAGAACCUCACUAUAUUUACACAUUCUCGGGACUUUGGCUUUGCAGUUUAAAUGGCUGAAGUAGCCAAAGCCACAGCGCACCCCUCCACAACGAGCGAAGGGAAGAAGGUCAAGGAAGGUAUAACACCAACUCAAGAUGGAGGUGAUGCUGCAGGGGGCGAGGGAGGUGAAAAGAAGCUAUCUAAGAAGGAGAGGAAGAUGCUGAAACAGAAGCAGCUUGCGGAGCAGCAGAAAGAGAAAGAUCUGGCUCAGGCCCAGGCUCCUGCAAAGAGCAAGGCAGAAUUAAAAGCAGAGAGGAGGGCUAAGCAGGAGGCAGAGAGAGCCGCCAAAUUGGCAAAGAAGUCUGGUGAGCCUGUGCCUUCGGGCGGAGCAGGAGGGGGAUCAGGAGCUGGAGGGGGAAGCAGUUCGCUACCUAGCAGUGGAUCCAGUGGCCAGCUCCAGAGUAAAGGUGGUAAACAAACUGGAGAAACUCAUUCCAAGAAAGAUCUUUACAGGGUCUCAGAUGACAUCAAACUGGACGAUCCUAACGUGCAGAAAAGAAGAGCAAAGAAACUUGAACGUCAACAGGUACCACAGAGGGUCGAGAGUCAGAAGAAAGUUGGUCUCUUCUCUCACCUGAACCAGUUUGAAAGACAGGUCUCGCUAACGAGUCGUCUUGGUUUUGGUUCCGGUGGUAUCCAUCCGGCCGUCAUCAAGUUAGGUUUGCAGUACGCUGAAGGAAUCAUAUCAGGAGCCAACUCCAGGUGUAUAGCAUUACUAGUAGCCUUCAAACAGGUCAUAGCAGAUUAUAACACGCCUCCACAGAAAGAUCUGUCCAGAGAUCUAGAUAACAAGAUCAAACCGUACAUCAACUUCCUCAACCAGUGUCGUCCCAAGUCAGUCAGCAUGGGUAAUGCUAUCAAGUAUCUCAAGAUGCAGAUCAAUAAUAUUCCACAAGGAAUGUCGGAUAAAGAGGCAAAACAGAGGUUGUGUGACUGCAUAGACGGUUAUGUGAAAGAGAAGAUAUUCCUAGCACAGAAAGCCAUUUCUGAGCAAUAUGCCUGCAAGAAGAUCAGAGAUGGCGAUGUCAUCCUUAUAUACAGUUGCUCAUCAUUAAUUAGGAAAGUCCUGUGCGAUGCUCACAAGAUUGGGUUACGGUUCCGCGUCAUUGUGGUGGACAGCAGGCCAAAGGUCGAAGGUCGAGAGGGUAUUAGGAGGCUUGUAGCUGCCGGGAUCAAGUGUACCUAUGUCCUCAUCAAUGCAGUCUCUUAUAUGAUGCCCGAGGUUUCAAAGGUUUUCCUUGGUGCACACGCCCUCCUUGCCAAUGGCUAUGUCAUGUCAAGAGUGGGGUCAUCGGUCAUCGCCAUGGUAGCGAAGUCCUACAAUGUUCCAGUUCUUGUGUGCUGUGAGACAUACAAAUUCAGUGACCGGGUUCAGACAGAUAGCUUUGUGACAAAUGAAUUAGGUGAUCCUGGUGACCUUGUUUCUGUCAACCGCUCGAAGUGCAACCUGGCUAACUGGAGGGACAUCAAUGCCUUGACUCUCCUCAACCUUGUUUAUGAUGUCACCCCACCAGAUUUUGUUUCCAUGGUGAUCACCGAGAUUGGAAUGCUACCCUGCACAUCGGUGCCCGUUGUACUGAGGGUCAAGAACAUUGAGAGCUGAGGUCAAGGAGGUCAUGAAGUUGAAGAAUGAAGGAAUAUCAAGAAUAGCAAGAGCUUAGGCCGGCAUGAUGAGGAACACUGAGAGCUAGGUUUUGCAAUAGCGGUUGAACUGUCAUGCUGUGGUCUGCCAUUCCAUUUGAUGAUAGUAUUCUGUUUUGGGGAACAGCGACUAGUCUGCAUGCACAGACCCUGACUAAAACUUUGAUCAACAAGUAAGUCUUCACAGAAGACUAGCACAUAAACAACUUGUUGUUAGGGCCUUCAGCACACUGGUCAUUGUAGGCUACACAUUCAGACCCUUGAGGGGUUUGCACAGCAGACUAAACAGCAACUUGGUAUUUAACAAGUCUUCUUGGGAAGUGCUGCACAGAUUGAUAUUAAAAUAAUGCACAGGUGUAUGUGUUAGUGGCGAUGCAGUGCACAAUAGGGUAUUUACAACUGGCAAUAAUGAUAAUAAUGGUAUAUUUACGCGGGGUGGCCAUUUCAGUUCCGAAAACUGUUCUCCCAGCGGGCCCUA